UGCGGUGCCUUAUAUAAAGCUGCCGGUGCUAAGUUACUACAGUCUGAGACACAGACAUUAGGUGGUUGUCCAACGGGUAGCAAUAUUAUCCAUACUGUGGGCCCGGUAGGUGAGAACCCGAAGGAACUGGAGUCGUGUUAUAAGAGUUCAUUGGAUUUAAUGGCUGAACAUAACCUAAAGUCGAUAGCCUUUCCCUGUAUAUCAACCGGUAUUUAUGGCUAUCCCAAUGAAAAGGCUGCCCAGAAUAUUUAU